AAUAGCUUUUGUACAGAAAAGCGAAGGUUUCCUAACACUUGUGUGAGUCACUUUCUCAUUAGCGGGUGCGACUGAUGACGAGUUGACGGACGCUGUGAUAACUAACUUUUAUUUUUAAAUUCCUUGACCACAAGGCACGACACGGGCUAUUGUUUAUUGUGCAGUCACGUCCUUCGUACCCGCUACACGGUUUCUUUACUGCUUCCAAUCAAUAUCUUAAGAUUAAUAAUGUCGUCCCGUAAGACCGCCGGCCGUCGUGGCACCAACAAGAAGCGCGCCCAGCGUGCCACAUCCAAUGUGUUUGCUAUGUUCGACCAGGCACAAAUUGCAGAGUUCAAAGAAGCAUUCAACAUGAUUGACCAGAACAGGGAUGGAUUUGUUGAUAAAGAUGACCUCCAUGAUAUGCUUGCAUCACUGGGUUCACGGCACAUAGUUGCACCCUCGCCUGAUGGUAAGAACCCCACUGAGGAGUACCUAGAAGGUAUGAUGAACGAAGCUCCCGGCCCCAUUAACUUCACCAUGUUCUUGACACUGUUUGGUGAGAGGCUCCAAGGUACUGAUCCCGAGGAUGUCAUCAAGAAUGCUUUUGGUUGCUUCGACGAGGACAAUACUGGAGUGAUUAACGAGGAGCGACUCCGCGAGCUGCUCACCACCAUGGGAGACAGGUUUACCGACGACGACGUCGACGAAAUGCUCCGUGAGGCGCCGAUCCGCGACGGGCUCUUCGACUAUGUGGAGUUCACCCGCAUCCUCAAACAUGGCGCUAAGGACAAGGAUGAACAAUAAACGGAUGAUUUGAUGGAAUAAGAAUUGUUGUCAGCUGUUUAUGUGCACAGGUAAGAUCAGUAGAGUCGCCUUCUUUUAAAUUUGUUUCACAUCACUAAGAGCUACGCUCUUGUCGGUGUAGCAUUCUCCAUUCUUGUCUAUCAAAUACCAAUUCCUUCACUUUCUCAUAAGACAUGACGUUCGUUUUCUCUUUAAUCUGUCCCAUGUAAGCUCUUCUCGGUCUUCCUCUUCCUAUCUUUCCUUGUAGCUUUCCUUCUAUGAUGUUUUUAAUAAAGUCGUGUCUUAUUAAUUUUGUUUAUUGCAAAAGUAUAUUUUCUUUUUUAAUUGAAAAAGGUGGAGUACAUAAUUCGGUUAAUAAAUAAGAGUCGUUGAUAUGAAAAUAACUUAAGCGACAGAGCAUGCUUAUCAUUAUAAUUAAAAUAUGAAAUUAUUUAAACAGCUGAAACAAUUUUUAUUUAUCAAAUUAAAAUAACGGGGCAAUAGUCUAUGGCACCUUUGGCACCGAUAAAAAAGAAAGUUGAUCAAAAAAAAAAAUAGAAUGGAAAAAGCCAGGGUGUCCAACCUUUUUUAAAAUCUAGAUUUUAUAUUGCCAAACUAAUAAAUAUAUUAUCGGUAAGAUAUUAAUCAGUAGACAUAAGUUAGGUCGAUAUGGAUUUCAAGUUAAUCUCAAGAUAUCUGAGGUGCUAGUUACAAUACAAUGUAGUUGUUUGGCAUUUGAUUGGAUUCAUGCAUUUAUCAAAUUGUUCCCCUCUUUUGGACCAUAGUUCUUUAAGUUUUAAUAUGUGUACUUACUCAAUCGGUGGUUCUGAUUUUGUGCAAAAGUGCUACAAUUCAUUCCUAUUAGACAUCUAAAAAAAGCAUUUUUUCUUUUGAAAUGAAUUGUUUGCGAGGAUAAUGUACUACAUUUUUGUUGGUGAUUACAUCCUUUAGUUUUUGAAUCCUGUUUAUAGUUUAUAUAGUACAUACAUUCAUAUCUAUUGGGUCUUAAUAUGAUUCAAAGUAGGUAUAAGUUAAGACGAAUUUAUUGGCUGAUUUACUUCUAUCAAGUUUGACAGGAUGUACAUUCGUCAAUUUUAAUUUUUAACCCAAAUAAUGGAUGAUGGAAAUUCUCAGUCAUAAUUUUUACGCCAUCUUUAAAAUUAAAAACAAAAAAUGUAAGGGUGUAAUCGUCACCAUGGUACAUAUUCCGUCACUUUUUAAGAUUGAUUGAUUGACUUGAUAUGUUCAAAUUAUGAAUUGAAAAGUGUAAGGUCGAAAUUCUUCACUAAGUAUUAUUGCAGUAAAGUAAGUGUGUCUAUGUAAUCAUGUAUGUAUUUAUUUUGCCAUUUAUGUAUAAAUACAGUUUAACGUCUA